GGCGGGUACUCUCAAGGUCAUUUUGUAGUCUCUCAAAGGUCGUCCGUAAAUUCGUCUCACCCCUUACAAAUUGUCGCGGUGACGCACCAAUCGUUUUGUGAUGGCUUGACCUUCAAGUGCUCAGUGACCUCCAUCAGUGGACGAUACCCUGAGGAUCGUCCUGGUUGCUGAAAUCGGCGUAAAAAAUGACAAGCUUUGUCAAACUGAUCUGCUUCCAAUUCUCAUCAGUAAAGCUAAGCAUCUUACGUUUCCCCUAUCAACAAUGGCCAGUAAGGCCAUAUCGUUCAGCGAGUAACAGCUCUAUCACCCCAUCAGAAAAACGUGAAAACCUUCCACUAGUUAGUGUAACUGAGAAAGUGAAGCAAACGACUAAAGAUGUUGGGUAUUUUACGGUAGUUCUUGGUGGUUUUGCGCUUACAGGCACCAUCUUAUAUGCAAUAAUUCAGGAACUUUUUUCAUCCAAAAGCCCUAAUGGUGUUUAUGACGAUGCCUUCAAAAUUUGUAAGACUGACAGUCGAGUGCUUGAUCUUUUUGGAAGUUCUCUCAAGGCCCGUACCAGCCCCGAUGGUCGUCGUAGAAGACAAAAUAUUGCCUAUGACUCAUGGCAUGAUGACAAAGGUCGACUGCAUAUGGCAAUGAAAUUUUACAUUAAAGGCAAUUUGGCAUCUGGUGUAGUUCAUCUCGAGGUUGUUGAAAAUGAAUCUAAAGAAUUUGAUUAUCGAUAUCUGAUUGUAGAAACAGAAGGUGGUUUCUCAAAGAAACAAAUUAUACUUCGUUCGUUCUCGGAAGUUGAUAAUCCUAAUUUAUAAGUGAUCAAUGAUUAAAUGCACUAGAAAGAAAUGCAAAUUUCAUAUCAUUUUGUAUACAUGAAUAAUUCCACAUGUAUAAUUUAUACAUAUUUAGCCGAUAUAAAA